AAGCCAUGGGAAGAACGCGACGAUAACAUCAAGUACGCGGAAUCUGGUGUUGACGAUCAGCUUAUCAUACACGUUCCUUUCACACAAAACGUCAGGAUACGAUCUGUCUUGUUGAAGCUUGGCCGAGGAGAAGUAACGCCUCGUCAUUUGCGACUUUAUGCAAAUCAUCCUACCAUCAUUGACUUUGCGGACGCCGAGACAACGACGCCACAAUUGAACAUCAACCUUCUAGAAGGCGAAACGGGGGUGGUGGAGUACCCUCUCCGAGCAGCGGUUUUUGCUAGCGUUCAUGCACUGUCUUUGUUCUUUAAUGACGCCGUCGGGGAAGAAAAAUCUCUUAUAUAUUAUUUGGGCUUCAGAGGGGAUAUGCGAACCACGAGGAAAGAGGUAAAUUCCAAGUUAGAAGUACCUGCCCCAAAUGCUGCGGAUGCUCCUUUGGUUGACAAGGUUUCUACUAAACUUGGAGGGCAGCAGACGACGGCGCGAUAG